UGCCAUGGCGACAGGAAGCGUAAACAAGGCUAGCGGCGGUGGUGGUAGUGGUGGUGAUCAGAUAAGGAGCUCUACCUGGGGAGGUCUACCGUGAUAAGGUAAGGAGUUAUACUUGGAGUGGGGCUUAUCAAUUUAGAACAAGUAUGUAAUCUAUCUCUAGGCCUACGUUAUAUUAUACGCGCAUGUUGGAUAUGUAGGCUGAUAGUUCAUCAGGAACAUAGAUGUAAUUAGCCAAGUUGAUCAGUUUGAACCCAAGUCUGAUGUCCUGCCAUUCCUCGCUGUGUCACCACAAAAAUAUAUUAUUAUUAUAAUGGUAGCCGAAACACUGUAUUAAUAAACUAAUAAAUACAGGUUGCUGAGUUGACCUAAAGCAGAGAAGUACACAAUGGCUAUCCCUGAGCCCUCUGAGCAAGACUGGGGUGAGAAAGACAGCGAGAGUUUUCUGACCGAUCCUGAAGAACUCUGGGAUCGACUGCCCCAGCCUUACCGCAUGAUCGACAAGGUCCUAGACAUAUUACUAGGCACGGCCUGGGAAUCGAUCCUGAAAAGAGAAACAGCCAGGAGUGCAUCCCAGAAGAAGCAUCCUAAUCUCAUGCUGUCCGCUGAUACAGAGCUCCCAGAGUGCACCAGCUGCCUGGCGUGCUCGGGCGACGGCCGGUACCUGGCCGUGGGUCACUCCCAGGGGGUCUCUGUGAGCUGCGCCGUCUCCCUGGCCUGCGUCUCCUCCUGGCUCGAGGACGGGCUGGACAUCACCGCCAUUCGGAUGACGGGCGUCGGCCAGGAGGCCUAUCUGAUCAGCACCGUGGAUGAUAUGGGUGUCGCCAGAGUCUUCGCGCUUAGCGCUGAAAAGAUAUACCUACUCAAGAUCGUCAACAAGACGGAAGACAUCAACCAGAGAAAUGUGUGCGUGACCUUUGACCUUUCUGAAGGUGGCGAUUUCGGAGCGGUGUUAAUGAGCUGCAAUGGUGCUUUUUGGUUGGACAUCUAUAAUUUCCCCCUAAAAUCCUGGCUUGCAGACUUGAAGCAGGCAGCACCUCAGUCCCAGAAGCCGACAGGUGGAGAUGUUAAUUGGACUCAUUGCUCAGUGCUGAUGAAGAUCACCUCAGGCAAAUUACCAACAGGAAAAACACUUCAGAAUCCAGCGGAGCUCUUAAAGAAAGCAGAGCAAGGCGGUGGUAUGGGUUCUGGACAGAACCACAUGAUCGGUGUUCACCAGUGGAAGGAUCAAGACGCUGCGUUCAGGUCCAAGUACGGGUCCAAUUCAGACCACGUGGGAACCCAGCCUCGCCUUGGCAGCAUGCACUUCCUGCAGCUGUGUGGAGUGGCGGCUGGUUCAGGUGCAGAAGCGACCACCCACACAGGUGAGGUGCCAGAGUCUAUUUGCCUUUGGUGGACGGGCAGCCAUAACCUUCUCCAGUAUUCCCUGUGCAAGGCAAAGGAUAAACACGAUGUGGAUCCUAGACCAGCCAUGCUGUGGCCCAACGCUCAGGAGAUCGUCUGCUCCGCCGUCAGCCAGAGCACCCGCUUCAUCGCCCUGGGUCUGGAGCCGGACCUGGUCUCAGUCUGGGACAGGCAGACAGGCUCGCCCCUGUCUGUGGUGGUGGUCUCGGCGGCAGACAGUGUCCUCACUCGGGUGAUGUUUGUGGAAGGCGGAAUCCCUGCAGCGUUUUCCCGCCGGGUGCACCUGGUGGUCUCUUGUAGGAGCGGGACCACCCUCACGCUCACCGCCGGCGCCUCGGCAGCCGUCAGCGGCGCCGAGACCCUCGGAGCUAGACCGGGGGAGGCUGGCCGCCGUCCUUCCGCCAUCACAUCAGUGGCUUUCCUGCUGGGCCUGACUCUCGUGCUGCAGAGAAACGGAGAGUUGUUGAUCCUAGACGCCAUCAAUAAAGCUACGGUGUGCUGUUUGAUGGCCCCGGCCACUCAUCUCCUGGCUUGCCCCCUGGAUCCUGUGUUUACCCUGGAUACCGUGCGUCAAACCCUGUUCAUGCGAGGCGACCAACUGACAAGUCAAAGGUCUGAGGUGCCAGAAAGGAUUCAGAGUCAUCUGUUGGUUUUCCGGUUCGGAGAUCAUGCUCUCUUCAAGCCACACAUGGUGGCACCUGGAGGCUCUGUCCAGCCAGUGACAAUGAUCACCUUGGACACUUUGGAGCAAGCUUGCAAUCGCUACCUUCAGCAUAGGUCGCUGAUUGCAGGGCAGGAGAGCCACAAAGCAGUGAGUAUCACGUGCAUGCAGACCCAGGAGAACGUGCACAAGGUCCGGAAAAGGACGAGCCUGAACUCCCAAUAAAGCCCGCCUACACACCGGAACCCCGUUGACCACCGAACAAACCUUUGGCAAACAAAAGCCCUUUUCGUUUACGAUGUGGAGAUAAGCACCUUGCCUCAGUGAGGUCAGACAUGACAUGAUAUAAGAUGUCGUUGGUGAAGGGUCUUUCUGAGUCUAAUUGCAUUGCACACAAGCACGCAUACAGACAACCGAGGACACGCACACACACACACACACACACACACACUGUGUUUUUCAUCUGUCAUCUCUCAAGAGCUGUAUUUUCAUCUGAUUGUGACGACGGGCCAUCUCAUAUCCCCGAACCCCCCUCCCAUGACCCUAAUGCAUUUGAUUUGAUUAUACUUCCACACUUGAACACUUGUUUGUGUGUGUGUGUGUGUGUGUGUGUGUGUGUGUGUGUGUGUGUGUGUGUGUGUGUGUGUGUGUGUGUGUGUGUGUGUGUGUGUGUGUGUGUGUGUGUGUGUGUGUGUGUGUGUGCAUCUCUUCGGCACACAGGAGGAGAUAUUGAUGCUUUUGCCCUUUCUGUUGGACUCUUCAAACCUUUUGUCUCCUGAGAGGCAGAGCGAACGAAGUGUAACAGGUCACUGUGAGAAAAGCAUUUUCACACAUAUAUUAAAGAAAGAAUUUAUUGUUACGGUGCUCUGUUCUGUUAUCUUGUUAUAUUUUAUUAAUUCUUCAUUCAAUGUGA